CAAGAUAGUCCGGAAGCCAUAAUAAGUCAUAGUGGAAAUAAACACUCAAGUAUUUUCCCUUUCUUUAAGUGUUUCGGGUUUAUAUGAAGAGACUAAGAACUGAUUGAUAAAUCAGGAAAAGUUAAUUGACGUUCUGUCAUGCAUACGAAUUUCAAAUUUGUAUUGGUAAUAGGAAUUUUGUUGGCUUCCCGAACAGAGGGAAUUCGACUUGACACAAUUCAGAAUGGUGGAUCACCGUCAGGGGAUGGAAUUCUAGAUAUAGAUAAUGGGAGUGGAGUUGGUCCCACCUUUACGGAUGAUGAAGAUCUGGGGGAUGAUUACUCAGGAGAAGGGUGUGGGUCAGGAACUACUCCCACCAAAAUGCCUCAUGAUUUGUCAACACAUCUUCCAACCACAACUCGUUCCUUGACUGCCUGCGAGCAGCUGCGAUUAUCGGCAGAAAACAUAACGGCAGAAGCCUACAGGCCCAAGUGUACACUCACCGGAGAGUAUGAGCCCUUACAGUGUCAUAGAAGGAUGUAUAACAAAGAAUGUUGGUGUGUGGACAAGCUUGGGAAUGAAAUUGCAGGGUCCAGGAUGAUGCAGCCAAAUGUUCCAAAUUGUGAAACAGGAGAAGGUCUAAAGCCCUGUGUUUACCAGUUGCUAAGAAAGAAGCAAGGUCUUUUGGGAACUUACCAUCCUCGAUGCACCAUUGACGGAGAAUUUGAGAAAAUUCAGUGUCACGGUUCAGCUUGUUGGUGUGUGGACGUACAUGGCGUAGAACAACGGGAGACCAGAGUGUUUCAGCCAGUAGUUCCUCGCUGUAUAGAACCUACCGAAGCCCCCAAGCCACAAACAUCUACACCAUCCCCCAAAACAGAGAGGCCCACAGCAGAGCCAGUGCCUGUAACAGAAAAACCAGUAGUAACAGAAAAGCCAGUAGUGGAAGAAAAGCCAGAUAAAACAGACAUACAUAAAUACACUCCAAAUAUAGGAAAGGGUGAUGGAAAUAAGGAUACAAAUAUUGUCAUUCCAGGCCUAAAUCAUGGGGUGGCAAAGCCUGUUGAUCCCAAAGAUGAAAAUAGACAUGACCUUGAGGAGGAGGAAGUAGCGCCGGGUAGGGCAGAGAGCCAGGAAUCCUCGCCUAUUGUUUACAUUAUGGCGAGACCAGGAUUAUUAGCAGCUGUCAUUGGUGGGGCAGUGGUUGCACUGCUGUUGACGAUUUUGCUGGUGAUGUUCAUUGUUUAUCGUAUGAGGAAGAAGGACGAAGGAAGCUACCCACUAGAUGAGCAGAAAUACACAAAUUAUUCAUAUAUGAAGGCGCCGGAUAAAGAAUUCUAUGCAUGAGGAGGUGAAAGGAUCAACACAAAUAUAUUCUGUCUGAGCAUGAUAUUUUUAACUGUGUCUUUAACUUUCAUGCCAAAAAAAGUAUUUUCAGUUUGUAUUCCAGUUUUGCAUGUAUGGACCAAGUAACGCAGCGAUAAGUGUGCUCUGUCAAAGGAGCAAAAAAAUUAAUUUCUCAUAAACGUGUAAAUUUUUUUAUCAUCACAAAAAUGUACCUUUGUUGUAAAGCAGGUAUGAUACAGGCCAUGUACAUAAUGCAAAGAUUGACUGCACAAAUCCAAUUCCAUCUUUAUGUUUGCAUGGUUAAAUUUGAUGCAUAUGUAUGAAAAAAAAAAAGUGACAAACUAUAUUCUUUUUUUCAGUAAGGUUUAUAAUUUAGCCUACAAUUUUAACUUUCAAUGUCCAGUUUUCAUAUUGUCCAUGUUUCUGCUUUGAUUGUUGAUUAUCCAAAGAUUAUUACUAUUACUCUUUUGUUUUGCUACUUAAUAUUACAAGUAUAGGAAAAAGAAGUGCCUGAUUUGCUGGAUAAAUGUCACUCAUUUUUGAAACAGUAGGGUAGUACCCUAUGGUUGUAUUUUCGAUUAACGUCUGGCAAACGUAAAGCUAAAAAAAAAAACUGCUUUAUCAUUUUAUUGUUGUAGUAUAAAGUGGUUGCCUUUAUAUUUUGUUCGAUCAGUUAAAUAAGAAAUUCAGGUAUAGUGCUGUUAGUGAAAUGUAUAAAAAUAUAUAACAGAAAUGUUGAAAAACAUGAAUGUUGUUGAAAUUAACUGCUUUUUGCUGUUCUUAAUUUUCAUGUAGCAUACACUAAGCUGUUUCACUGGUGAGUGUCAGUUGUGAUUUUUUUAUAUACUGUAUGCUAGGUCAUAUCUAAACUAGGUACUUGGUUGUUAUGCCCAAAGAGGCUACUAUACGUGAUGGGUUGUACUAUAAAUUCUUAAUUUUGUACAUUAACAUGUACUCGGGAAUUCCACCUGAGAAUGUUGAAUUUCUAGUGUCAACAUAUUUUGAGACCUCUUUGCACACUUGCUUUCGUUUUCUUAGAAUGCCUUUUCCAAUGUGCAACCUUCAAGCAUAGUGAAAAUGUAUUUUUUCAGAACCCCCUAGUAACCUGAAGGACCUCAAUUCACUGUAAAUAACGCUUAUCCCACCGCAAUUUUAUUUAUUUAUUUUUCACUUUUACAGUUAGAAUUGAUUUUUUUAAAUAGUAAGAAAAUCACUAAAUUGUGAAUCUUACAAGAGGCCAGUAGACCAAGUAGAGUGGACAAUGGUUGCUAGUGGGUUACUGGUGGAACCUUUUUUUCC